AUGGAUUUUCGAAUGGAAUGGCCAAAGUUUCUCAAAAUUGUCGCGAGGAUGGUUUUCCACAGGUUUCGUCAAUACCGUCUAUCCACAUGUCACACUGUGGUUUUGGACACCAGCUACGGAAAAGUAUGUGGCCUCCAAAGAAAGACGGUCUACGAUAACGAACUGUACUUUGCCUUCGAGGGAAUACCUUAUGCCAAGCCCCCGGUGGGUGAGCUCCGGUUCAAGGCUCCCCAACCGCCAGAAUUCUGGCAGGGAGUGCUCAACUGCACCACCAAUCGGUCCAAGCCCCUGCAACGCAAUAUGCUGCUGGGGUUUGUGGAGGGCAGCGAGGAUUGUCUGCAUCUAAAUAUAUAUGUGAAAACCCUGGUAUCGGACAAAAAGCUUCCCGUGAUCGUAUGGAUAUAUGGCGGGGGAUUUCAAAAAGGAGAGGCCUCUCGUGACAUUUACAGUCCGGACUACUUUAUGAAAGAGCAGGUGGUUUUUAUUACCAUCAACUACAGACUGGGAGCAUUGGGCUUUCUCAGUUUCAAGGAUCCGAAGCUGGACAUUCCAGGAAAUGCAGGACUCAAAGACCAAGUGCUGGCUCUCCGAUGGAUCAGCCAAAACAUUGCCCAGUUCAACGGUGAUCCCAACAACAUCACCCUGAUGGGGGGAAGCGCAGGAGCAUCCAGUGUUCACGUGAUGAUGAACACGGAACAGACACGAGGUCUGUUCCACAAGGCUAUCCUGCAAUCAGGAUGUGCACUGAGUGAAUGGGUGAAUUACCCAGACUCCAACUGGGCCCUCCGUCUGGCCCAGAAAAUGGGAUACAAAGGCGGCGAAAAGGAAGCCGACAUUUUCCGCUUUCUUAACGGAAUUUCGUCGUAUCAGAUAGCUUGCAAUGACCAAGACGUGGUUACACGGGAUGAAAUGAGGCAUUUCCUAAUAUAUGCAUUUGGACCUGUGGUAGAGCCUUACGAGACUGAGCAUUGUGUGGUGCCCAGGAGACACGAGGAUCAGUUACGUGAUGCUUGGGGCAACGAUAUACCUGUAAUUAUGGGCGGCAACUCCUUCGAAGGGCUGUUCUGCUACAUGCAGGUGAGAGACGAUCCCUGGUUUCUUAGAAACUUCCAUAAUAUCCUACCGCGAGAAGUCAGCGAAUCCUGCACCCAAGAAGAGCGGGAUCUACUUGUGCGACGCAUCAAAAAGCACUACUUCGGCAAUGAGGAGCAACAAGCUAUGGGUUUAUUCGAGGCACUGAAUAUCUGCUCACACCGCCAGAUAUGGCACGACAUGCACCGCUUGGUUCUCGCUCGAAGGACCUACGCUCCUAAUACCCCAACUUAUUUAUAUAGAUUCGACUUCGACUCCCCGCACUUUAAUCAGUUCCGGUGGUUAGUCUGCGAGGAUGGCACUCGGGGUGUGUGCCAUGCCGACGAGCUUUCUUACCUUUUUUUUACGGUGAUGGCAACUAUCCUUGAUAAAUCUUCGGAAGAGUACCAGACUAUCGAACGGAUGGUGGGCAUGUGGACAUCGUUUGCAGGGACUGGAAAUCCCAAUUGUCGGGAAAUAGGAGACGCCAAGUGGGAGCCUCUCCAGCGGAUGGAAAGCGGAGUGGAGCGGUGCUUCAACAUUAGCCAAGAGCUGGACAUGAGGGUACUGCCAGAGGCCGACUCAAUGGCAAUGUGGGACUCCUUGUAUCCCAAAGGCUCUCUUUUCUAA